AAUAGCGCAAUUAGGGACUUAACCAAGAGUUAGCUGAGCUACAACCACAGUCUGCCGGCGCCUGCAGCACAUACAGCUAUGUCUACAUAGACUCCUGCAGCACACACACACACACACAGCCAUGUCCAUGUAGACUCCUGCAGCACACACACAUACACACAAACAUGUCCACAUAGACUUCUACUGCACAACACACACACACACCGACCGACCGACCGCCAUCACCUCCUCCAGCAACCCCGGGCUAUGACUGGAGUAUUCGAUCGCAAGGUGACUAACAUCCGGACAGAGCUGCAGUCCACUUUUCAGCACAGCAUGCACCAUCCGUCGCAGGAAUCGCCGACUCUCCCGGAGUCAACGGCCACCGACACGGGUUACUACAGCUCGGCCGGCUCCCACCACGGCUACUGCUCACCUUCGGCUUACGGCAAAGUGCUGAACCCUUACCAGUACCAGUACCACGGAGUGAACGCGUCUGCCGCCAAUUACCCCGCCAAGUCUUACCACGAAUACAGUUACCCCGGGCAUUACCACCAAUACGGACCGUACAGCAGGGCACAGGCACCAUGCAGCCAGCCUGAGAAAGAACUUGUCGAGCCCGAAGUGCGGAUGAUAAACGGCAAACCGAAAAAGGUUCGCAAACCGCGCACAAUCUACUCGAGUUUCCAGCUCGCAGCUUUACAGAGGCGCUUCCAAAAGACCCAGUACCUGGCGCUGCCUGAGAGAGCCGAACUGGCCGCCUCGCUGGGACUCACCCAGACCCAGGUUAAAAUAUGGUUCCAGAACCGAAGGUCGAAGAUUAAGAAAAUCAUCAAGAAUGGGGAGAUUCCUCCUGAGCACAGCCCCAGUUCCAGUGACCCUAUGGCCUGCAAUUCUCCUCAGUCCCCUGCCGUUUGGGACACUCACAAUUCCUCAAGGGUUGUCCACAGUCAUCAAACCCCCAGCCACAACCCACCCACUACAAGCUACCUGGAGAACGCCAGCUCCUGGUAUUCCAAUCCCACUUCCAUCAAUUCCCAUCUGCAGUCGACAAGCUCAUUACAUCACCCAUUAGCUUUGGGAUCCGGGACUAUUUAUUAAUCUGAAAUACAUUGCAAAGUGGAUUGAGUAGGACCAAUAAACAGUGAAGAUAUGCAAAGAAAAGCACGCUUUGUUCAGUCGGAAUCAAGGGAAGCCAAACUGUCUGGUUCUGGUGCAUGUGACUUUCCACAUUUCAAAGAGGAAAAUGGACUACUUUUCCAAAGGACGUCAGGACCGACUUGGACAUGUCAAAGGUGCCUCUCUUUAAUCGGCUAUGACCGCUAACCUGGCGGGACUUUUCAGUAACAUGUAUCACUGUACAUAGGUGUAGAUAGUUGAAUUGAACUGUAUAUUCUGUUUAAAUAAACUUAUUGACACUUCGGAAAAACCUC